AACACCACCAUCGCCGUCACUGUUCCCAUUGCCGUCGCUAUCGCCACAAUGACCAAGUUCGCGCCCUUCCGACCGGCUAGGCUGGACCUCUCCUGCUUCAUCAACAACAAAGUCAUCCGCGAUCACACCAAACGCAAAGUCUUCGAGCAGAACGAGCCCGAACGACAAGCGCUGCGAUACAUCAUCCGAAAUACCUCAUUACCGCAACGAACGCGAGCGCAGGCACAGCUACAAUUGACGCAGAUGCACUGUUAUACACGGCCCACGCAGAUCAAAAAUCGGUGUACGAUGGGAGGGAAAGGAAGGGGUGUCUUCCAGGACUUCAGGAUGGCGCGGUACCAAUUCCGAAUGAACGCGCUGGCAGGAAGGAUACCUGGUGUGAAGAAGGCGAGCUGGUGAGCAACGCAAGGAUGCGGAUGCAGUGUAACAUAUUUGUACAUUGAGGGCACGAGUGCAGACCUACAAAAGAAGCAAACUGCAAGAGCAUGAGAACAUUCGAACAGAACUGAGCGACAUCGAGACGUGGAAUCCAGGCUGCGAAGGCAUGUUCAAAUCAAUGAUGUGGCGUCGCGUUCUGCCCGCUCGAAGGCGGUAGAAGAGCAGUUUCAACUUCGGCAUGGCCGUCAACUAUCGCCGUUGCGCGCAGCGUCAUCUUCCCAGAUACAGAAUCACGAGCUUCAUUGGGACUGCUAGCUUCUCACAAGUGAGUGGCCAAUCUCAUUUGACAUUUGAGCUGUCACAGGACAAUUAUGACUGUCG